AUGGCAGAGCUUCACGAUAACCUGGCAGGUCUGCGUGGCCUCUAUCAGGAUCUUUCGGCCGUCUCGGAAUCCUCCUUGACAAAUAUCGAGCGGCUGUGUUUUGAAUUGGAGACCCAUAUCGAAGACUUCCGAAAACUCCUAGACAAACCCGCCAAAAACAAUGCCAGUCGCCAAAAGGUUCUGACAGGGAAAAUCACAGUUGCCGAUGUGGAGUACUCGAUCAACGGAGACUUCCAGCAAGGCGCGCUCUUGCUGGCCGAUGCCCUAGACCUGGACGAACUGGAGGCUGCAGUACUGUUCCUGGCCGCCCAGGAAGACUCACAGCGUCUCGAUCGACCCCCUCUGAUUGCUGCGAUUAUGCGAUUCCACGAGCGCCGACACUACAUCUUAGAAUGUUUACGCCUUGUCCUCCGCGAAUCCUUCGAGGUGGAACACGAGUCAACCCACAUAAUGAUGCAAGAAACUGUUUCAUUCGUGCUGGAUAUCAAAAACGGGGCCCCCAUGAACAAUGCAUCAUUGUUCGCAAGGAAGGCCAUGGACUCCAUGGGAAGCAUUGAGAAAUGGCUGUCAUUGCUUGGGGACCAACUCCAGAAGGCAUCGAUCGUCGGCCAAGAGGGGGAUGCAGAUAUCAUGGAAGCUAUUGAAUACCAGCGGCGUAGCUUGCAACAGCAGCACGAGUCGCUGAGCGCAAUUCUUUUUUACCUCUUUAAAUCCACCUACCUGAGCUCUGAAGAUCUUCGCGUUCUUGUCAAUAUUUUGAAGAAGAUCGAUCGUUUCGACGGACUGCUGAUCCAUUACAUGCCUGUUGCAAUCGAGUCCUUUGCGCGCUAUGGGACACCUGAGAACACUGGUGUAUCUCGUGAGCAAGCGCGCAGCUUACACACAGCCAUUACCACGGCCAAAGAUGGCCAGGCGUGGAAACUACCGAAUUUCCAUGCCGCUAUCAUUUCCCUGUGGCUUGCAGUGUAUAGUGGGUGGUACUAUGACGACAGUCCGACUUCCCAACCAACAGGCGUCGAUAUCGAAGCGGAAUCGAAAGGAUGGCAGAAACAAUUCAUCACCAGUCUUGACGAAGGUGCCCUCGACUUCAUGCUCGCGAUUUGCUCCAAUGUCAACAGCGAAGAAUGGGCCGAUCCAGCCCGCAGUGAGCUAGGAAAGCGACAUCCCCUCCCCGAAUCUGAUCGUUGCAGCAACUUCAUGAAGGAGCUUCUGAUGGAAAAUUUCCAAGGGUUUGUCGAAUCAUGCAUUGCCAACAUGCCUGAUGCGAUCCGCAAACUUAAGACAGAGGAGGAUAACCAGCGCUUAGACCAGCUUACUGCCUUGAGGGAUGGUCUGACAUCUAGCCUUCAUCGUGGGCUGGUAGAGGCUCGUACACAUUUGGAGUCUCUUCUGAUGAUCAUCUCUUUCGCUUUCGAAAACCGAGAAGAAGCCGCCCAGGAAUUUUGGAGUGACCCCGAUAGCAACCUUUACGGUUUCCUUCAAUGGGCUUCCAAGCGCCAGACUGUUCCUCGUGUCAGCGCCUUCUGUGAGAUGCUUUGCUCCAUCUCCGGCGGUGAUGAGAACGCAUUGGCUGCGCAUAGGUUUCUGUCCGAAGAAGACAAAUUCAUGGGCUCUAAGUUGAAACGAUCAUCGAGCAUGAACUGGACACAAAUGUUCGCCGAGCUCAAUCUAUAUGCCACUCGCGUCAACGAAAAGCCUUCUAGUGGUGGCAAUACCCAGCAGGGUCAGCUUCGUUCCCGCAAGCCAGAUCCGGUCGAUAUGAGCGAGCCUGAAAGUCCGGUUAUGCUUACCUGCUACCUUCGCCUCAUGGGACACUUGUGCAAGAACAGUGCAGCUGUCAGAGACUGGAUGCUGCAGAAUCAAACAUUUAAAGUUAUUGAAACUCUUCUGCGUCUCUGCAGUGGCCCGAUACCAACCCACCUGAGGGCAACCACUUUUGCCACGCUCACAGCAUUGAUGGUUGAAAAGACCCCCGCUUAUGGGGAAUCAAUGUGGAUUUCUAUCGACAACUGGUUAUCAGCUGGCUCCUUGGCUGCGUCGGCCAUGGGCAAAGUCCCUGCUGCCUCCGAAAUUUCUGCGUUCAAUCAGCAGCAAUCUUUGCAGAAGAUUGGUGAGAGUUUCGAUCAAACUAACACAUUUGUUCUUUUGCUCAAUUCCCUUGUUGCUCCCGCCUCUACUAUCGAAAAAUCCUUGGCAGUGUCUUUCACCGACAAUCUCGGAUCAACAUAUCGCAUGGCUGGAAUCGAACCAUAUGUCGACUUCGUUCUAGGACAUGCUAUGACUCGAAAGCCCCAAGAUCUCAAUGAGUACCAGUCCCGUCUACUGAACUAUAAUUGCUUGGAAUUCAUUGUGGCGAGCUUAAGAUCCUUCAAUGAAGAAUUCGUCACCGUGUUCAGUCAACCGAAUCUCACCCCUCCUGGAACAACUACGGUCACCGACUAUGUUCGACUUCACCCAUUUUCCCGUGUUAUGGAAUGGCUGUUUAAUGAGGAUGUACUCAAAGUCUUGUUCGCGACCAGUCAGCAGGAUGUUUCUGAGAUUGCACGUGCAUCUUCUGACUCUGUCUUGUCUUUGACUCUCCUCCGCAGUGUCGAAGUCAUGAACCUGGUCGUUGAUCUUCAGUCUACCUAUUUCAAUAUCGUCAGACCUUUACUCCGAUCUCACCCUACAGCCAACCGAACCAGUGUUGCAAACUCGUCGCUAGCUUCAUUCGAGGAUAGCGUGCUGAACAAUUUGACCCUGGUUCCCGCUCUUUGUCUUUAUUGUGGUACUGGGCACCAGCAACUUACGGUCACUUCAAUGGCUUUGCUAGAGAAACUUACAAGCUCCCGUAAGCUGAACAAGAUGUCUUCCCCGGAACUUGCAAAGUGGCAAUCUUCGAACAAAAUCGUCGAGGUGCUGGCUGGCGAGGUUGAUGUCGACAGUGUAUCUCGCUCUCUUGUUUCUAUGAUGGACCCCGACUCAAGAGAACUGGAGUAUGGCACUGAGGCUGCUGGUUAUGUCAUUCGAAAAAGUUUGCUAGCGCUCCUGAAUAGCUGUCUGAGCAUGAUCACGGACCGACCCACCGUUGCCCAUCUCCUGUUGGGUUUCAGUUGCAUCGGUAAUAUCCUGGAUGUGUCUGCAGAGGGUUUGUUUGCAAAUCGGAUUUCUCUGCUACAUUCCAUCAUUGGCUUCCUUCAAACUUAUCCGGACACGCUCGGUGAUAGCUUGAUCUCCUGGACUAUUCACCUCAAACGCAUGGCUUUUGAGGUCUUGAAGCAUCUGUGGUCUUCGAAACUUGCGAGUUAUUUUACUCUGGGCGAAAUGCGAGCGCACGGGUUCUUGGCCAACAUGUUCGCUGGUCAGCCUAUCGUUGGAAUCAACACACCCUGGAAUGGUCACCCGAUAGUCUCAGAUCAGUUCUGGCUUACUGACGCCACCUCUGCAUUGGCAGAGUUCUUGCUGUAUCGAAGCCACCUAUUCGCAUAUGCUGCGACUGAGAUUCGCUCGGCGGCAAAGAUUGGAUCGCCAACACUUCAGACAGACAUCUUAUCGACGUUGCUUGGAUCUUCGGUUCAGGAGGAUGGUCAGCCGUUUUCUCAUCCUUCGGUCUUCGACCUAUUUGACUUUGCCGACUUGGAUAUCAGCUGGAAGAGGGAGCUACCUCCGUUGCCCAUGCUUGCCAAGGUUGUUACCGAAGUUUUCUCUAAACAGGAGGAUGACUCGCCGGUUCUUUGCAACGUCGCCGAGUUAGAAGAGCUGAUUUAUGCUCAUAAGUUGGACAUCUUUGGCACCGUUCCACCUCGUCCUCAUGAAGAGGAGCAAUUCCAAUUAGAGGCAGAGGACCUGAAGUUGUUUGUUCUUGCGACGAACCAAAGCCGUCAGAUUCAACGCAAUCACUACCUCGCCCUCCGCUCAUGGACUGAACUUAUCACCACAAUCACCACAUGUUCCAUCAUUGAUGAGGCGAGCAGGCCGACAUUUGUUCUGCAUGCCAUCCAAUUGGUCCUUCCCAAGCUCGAGGCCGCUAUUGAGGGAGAUUCGUCCGAGGCCGCUGAGCUAGCGCGGUUGGCCGAGACACUGAUCAGCAAGCUGACGUCCGACAUGUCUGUUGAUUCCGCCUCGCAGAGUGGAGACAUCAUUGACGAAAAACUACUCCAACUUUUCCAGGUUUCGGUCCGAGGAAUUUUGGUGGCUUCGGACAAUGUGGGUUUGCGAGAGGUCUUGUACAGCAUUUCGGCACAGUAUCUAUCCCGUAUUACAUCGUCCGAUUCAACACACGAUAACCUGAGGCGUCACACCCAGCGAGUUGUCAGGACUGCCGGUCCAAGUUUUGUCGAGACUAUCUGUGACGAUGCAUACACUGGUCAGGAAAGUUGUCGUACUGCUGCUCUUCUGCUUUUGAAUUGUCUCGGGGCUCUGGAUAACAAGACAGAUGGUGUCCUAGCCGAACUGGUCUCCCAGUCGAACUACCUGAGUCUUUUCAUGGAUGCCAUCAGGUCACUACCAGUCGAGUUGCGAAAUGCUCAAGCAGUUGAUACCCCUGCCCUGUUAGCAUACUACGAAUCAUUACUAGCGCUUCUCCAGCAGCUUGCUCAGUCCAAGAACGGUGCUACCUAUGUUCUGAAGUCUGGCCUGUUUGAUUCAGUUCGCGAAUCACAACUCUUUGCCGCUGAUCCCGAUAUUGGCAUUGACAUUGACAACUCCGAUGCUCUUCAAAAAUACUAUGACCUUCUUCUAUCCGUCAUCCGUGUUGUCGUGUCAGCCGCGUUUUCCCGAGGCGUCCACAACGAGCAAAUCAAAGAGCAAACUCGCGUAUUCAUUUCGGAGAACCGGCCGUGCAUGGUGGGUAUCUUCAAGCGAUUUGCAAAGAUUGGGGGCAGCGGCAACGCCGACCAUCAAGAGACCCUCUGUGAAUUGGUCAAAUCUUUCAUGGCUCUCGUGACAGCCGCCGAAUUUCUCGAGUAUGAGGAACAAGAGGUGCAGCAACCCACUAGUUUCAUGUCGUUCUCAUGA